CGCGAUCUUGCAAUCGCUUGUACUAACACUAUCACGGAUGUUGUGGUCUUAGUAUCAACUCUCUGCAAGGAGCAUUGCAUGUGGACCUGAGCUGGGUUCUCGAACUCACUGUCUCAGUAUAAAGAAGCUCAGUUUCACCAGAUGAACAUAAGUACGUAGAUCGUACCUGCACCUCCAUGCAUAGACUCAGGUUUUCACGUCCUCAUUCACGUUGCCAGUUCCUGGACUGAACGCAGCCCAGAAUGUACACUUCGUUACUAUGAAUGCAACGGAAGAUCUAGAGGGGACUUCGUUAUUCCUUUAGAUAGAUCCUUGCUGUCUGAAGGCUUGUUAACUAAAUUGGUCAGUAUUUUGCAUGCGCACGUUUAUAUUUGAAAGUGCAACGCAACAUUGAGGGCCUGUCAGGCGGCAACCGGGUCUGGCAACACACAAUCAUGUCAGUUUUUAAACGGCGGAUUUCGCUGCCGUAAGGGCCUGACAGUUCUGGCGAGCUCCUCGUGUCCGCGGAGCCUGGUAGACAGAUAGUUCUUGACUGCCAAAAUCUCGCCCUCCAUGGACCUUCUCGGAACGCCCAGGAAAUGACCAACUAUUUUUAACAAGAUUCAUUUGUUCAAGAAUUUAUCAGUAAAACCAGCUAGUUCCCUUUGACCCAGCGUCGUCGUAUGAUAUAUGGUUCCUCUUAGGUCAGGAACGAUCAUUGUGGACUAUUUGACCUCAGAAGUUUUAUUGAGAAAAGCGUUCUUCUCUGGACGAGGAGCUGUAUACAAAGGACAGGCUUCAGACAGCUAAUUCAGGUCCUUGCACCAGAACAGUUCCUCCGAACCAAAAUAUAUUGCCAUGGCGGUCUCUCAGAUCGUACUAGGCAUUUUGGGGAAUAUUAUUGCGAGCGUCUUCUUCGUAUCUCCAGUUUUAACAUUCUGGAGAAUUUGGAGGAAGAAGACAGUGGAAGAUUUCUCUGGCCUUCCAUACCUCGGUUGUUUCUUCAAUUGUGCUGCAUGGACAUUCUACGGUCUGCCUUUGGUCAUCGAAGGGGGAACACUGGUUGUCACCAUCAAUGGUGCAGGAGCAGCUUUAUUCUUUACGUUUGUGCUCAUAUUCCUCAUCUUUUCUAGAGGCAAGGAAAGGUUGAAGGUUGGGACGCUUUUCGUGGCAGUUAUCGCUUUCCUGGUAGUCUUGAUUGUCGUAACGCUAACGACAGUUCGACAAAACCAGCGAAAGACGGUGGUCGGGUCAACAGCCCUGGCGAUCAACAUUAUCAUGUACUCUGCUCCACUAUCCAACACGAAACUGGUGAUUAAAACCCGUAGUGUGGAGUUCUUGCCCUUUUUUUUCACACUAAUGUCAUUCAUCAAUCCAGUCGUUUGGACAGCUUAUGCAGCAGUUACAAGUGAUUUAUUCAUCAUGAUUCCAAAUGCAAUUGGAAUAGCUCUUGGUAGUUUCAACCUGCUGUUGUACGGGAUCUUUCACAAAUCCAAGCCAAAACAAAAGCCAAAAGUUGAAGACAAGCAAGUUGAGAACAUCAACUUGAAAGAGCAGCUGAAGCAUUCCGCUGACUCGGAUGGAACCACUGCUCCAGCUACAGAAACCGAUGCAAAAAAGCAAAUCGUUGACUCAUCUGCGUGACAAAGUUGCAUGCAGGGUGGGGAGAUUUUUUCUAAUGAAGACCUUCCAUCUGAUGGCUUGAAGAGAUGAGCAAAGAGCUAAGAGCUCUAGUAUAUCUCUGCAGCUUUCUGUAACAAUGUACAUAGAUUUGAAGGGUGAGAGACUGGUCGAAGACUGAUCAUGAAUUAUGGAGUGGACGUCCGUCCCUCUCUUUCUUCUCCUCAUCAAUCCAUUAGACAGAUGAGCUCAGAGCUUCAUAAUACUCUUGCAACGGUGUGCCGGAUUACCAGAAUCCCACUGAGCUCAAGUUCCUUGAGAUGGUAGAAGUGUGAUUUGGACGGAGACCGAGUUCACACUGAUACUGCCUGUCACGUUUUAUUAGUGUCUCAACCCCAAUUCCGGCUACGGUGAAUUUUGCGAACAACGAGCACAAUAAUCAAGAAUCAUGCUUUUGCAAAUCUCAAGCGGAACCGGAUUUUGUGUUUCAUUUUCGUUCUCCUAAUUCUCAACCCCGAUUAGGAGUUUUUUCCAUUUUCAAACUUUAUGAAACUCAUAUACGGUUGCUUUCUGUUUUAAUUAGUUGCUAAGAAUAAGAUUAGCGUCAAUAUGGUCAUAUUGAUACUGAAUACUGUGAAUUAUGUUUGAGAUAAUUUUGAGAGCUAAGCC